AUGGAAAGAGAUCAAAAUGAUACUAUUAUAGCACCUUUUCAAGGAAGUAAUGAAAGCUUCCCAGGGAUGACACUGCCAGUAGCAAUAAAUGGAUCAUCAUCAGGAACUACCACACUCAUACCUCAACCACUAUCUAAUAUACCAUCUUAUGUACAACCACGACAACCAUACCUGGAAGAUAAGAGGAGGUCUUCAUCCCCUAUUAGGGUAAAAAAUAUUCAACAAUUAGUAGCCUCAACAUUAUCCAGUAAUCAAUUGUCAAGGCUAUCAAAUUUAAGGGUAACAACUCCAUCAGUUGGAAAUACAAAUAAUGGAUUAUUAUUGGGAAAUCCUUACAAUUUUUUCUAA